CAGAGCAUACAGCAAGCGCCCCCCUGCUUUCGGAAGUCACACUAUUAUUUCCUUGUUUCCUUCUUCUUCACUGCCACUCUAAUCUCCAUUGCCGGCUAACCUGCAACUCUCAUUUGCCACUUUCCUAUAUCCCUGAAACCCAUAUCUCAAAUUCCUAUUUCUUUCAUUAUAUUUUUUCUUUUCUUCAAUUCUAGCUCGUGACCCAUUUAAUCUUUCUCUACUUUUUUGAGGUAACCAUUUGAGAUGUUUGAUCUUAAUCUUAGAUUUGAUGAUGUUCUAGUAGAAUCCAUCUCUGUUCCAGGUGAAAAAGCGUCGGAAAAGCUUAAUGAAUUGUUAAUGGAGAACUCAGGAACUUCUAAUUCCUCCAUUGUUAACAUGGAAACUUCAAGUACUGCUGGUGACGAUGAGUAUUCAUGUUGUGAUCAUCGUCACCGCGGUGGUUAUACAUUUGAUAUACUGAAAUCCGAUAAGGAAGUUAAUAAUGAAUACGAAGAAACUGGGGAUCGUGGUGGGUUUGUGAUAAAAGAGUUGUUUCCAUUGGUGAAUGGAGAGGUGGGGUUGGAUCUUGAUUUGAAUGAGCAGAGGAUGGGUAAAACUCCGCAGCAGAGAUUACAGGCGAAGAAGAGUAGAAGAGGACCCAGGUCUCGGAGUUCUCAGUAUCGUGGAGUUACAUUCUAUCGAAGGACUGGAAGAUGGGAAUCCCACAUAUGGGAUUGUGGGAAACAAGUUUACUUGGGGGGGUUUGACACUGCACAUGCUGCUGCUAGGGCGUAUGACCGUGCUGCAAUUAAAUUCCGAGGACUUGAUGCUGAUAUCAAUUUUAACAUCAGUGAUUAUGAAGAAGAUCUGAAGCAGAUGAUGAACUUUAGCAAAGAAGAGUUUGUGCACAUACUUCGUCGCCAGAGCAAUGGCUUCUCUAGAGGAAGUUCAAAAUACAGAGGAGUCACUCUGCAUAAAUGUGGGCGAUGGGAAGCACGGAUGGGGCAGCUUCUUGGAAAGAAAUAUAUCUAUCUUGGACUAUUUGACAGUGAGAUAGAAGCUGCAAGGGCAUAUGAUAAGGCUGCUAUAAAAUGCAAUGGGAGGGAGGCAGUCACCAACUUUGAGCCAAGCACAUACGAAGGGGUAUUGAGUUCUGAGGUUGAAAUCGGAGGCGCAUAUCAUAACCUUGAUCUAAAUUUGGGCAUAUCUCCCUCUUCCUAUGCUGAGAAUCAACAUGGAAACACUAGCCAAAUUGGAAACUUCCAGUGCCGGCAUGGUUCAAAUGGUUUACCUGAACAUCAUAGAGAAGUCCUGACCUCUGCUUCUACAACACUGAGAAGUAAACUGCUGCUUCAUGGUCAGAAUAUGCAAACUCAGCACCCCCUCCAUUGGAAUGGAUCAAAUGACAAUCUCUUUCCCACAUUUAAGGGUUCAGCAAUAGAGAAGGGCUUGGAAGUUGACGCCUCUUUAAAAUGGAUGGGGCAAGAUCAAAAUACUUAUGAUGGGAAUCCUACAUUGCCUCUCUUCUCUACUGCAGCAUCAUCAGGAUUCGGAAAUUCAGCAACCACUGCACCCUCAGCUGCCACUAAUCAACUGCACUUUGGAAAUGGAGCACUACCUUAUUACCACCAUUCACCAUCCCUCACCAACAUGAAUCUUUCAUAUCAUUAUUGCAGGAGCUGAAAUAGUUGGCUGGUAAACCUAUGACAACCGCCAAUAUCUUCGCUUAGUUUGAUCAGGACCCUAUCAGUAGUACAACACAUCCGACUACAGUGUGUUUAGCUUUGUUAGUUAGGAGAUGUAGACUGAGUUUUUAAACAAUUUUUGCUUUGCAAAGUUUAACUAGUUCAAGAAUCUUAACAGCAACUAUAUGAUUGCAAGAUGCUCAUUGGCAAUUUUCUUCUA